GUUCCUGAGCUUCAAAAGUUUGCUAUUCGGGUUCUCAGCUUGACUUGUAGUGCCUCUGGAUGUGAACGCAAUUGGAGUGUAUUUGAGAGGAUACAUACUAAGAAGAGAAAUUGUUUGCUUCAAAAGAAGAUGAAUGACCUUGUGUAUGUGAUGUAUAACUCAAAGCUUAUGCGGAGGCAAAGUAAAAAGAUAGAACGUAUAUUUGAAGAUAUUGACUCUGAUGACGAAUGGAUUGCUGAAGAU